AUGCAAGGAAGUACAAUUACGAAUUACUUCAGGGGGAGAGUAACAAGUCUUAUACCACAGAAUGCAUCGCUGCAGCAAUUGAAAAAAGAAAUUAAUCCAAUUCCCGGGUUGAGGUUGAUUACAUACAAACAAUGGCUAUUCAUAUUAAGUGCAUUCGGAUCCUUCACUUGGGAAGCGUUCGAUUUUUUCACAGUCAGUCUGAAUGUUUCAAAAAUAUCCGAGGACUUCGACGUGUCUACAAAAACUGUGACAUGGGGUAUUACGGUAGUUUUGAUGCUCAGAACUGUAGGGGCGGUUUUGUUUGGAUACAUUGGUGAUAAAUAUGGUAGAAAAAUAUCGUUUCUGAUAAACUUGACGCUUAUGAUGAUCUUGGAGAUAAUCACGGGUUUUAUCAAGACGCAUUUCAAAUACUUUCUUUUGGCUAGAGCCUUUUUUGGUAUCGUUUUGGGAGGUAUCUUCGGUAACAGUGCCGCACAAUGUUUCGACGACUGUCCUGUCGAAGCCCACAGUUUCAUUAGUGGGUUUUUCCAACAAGGUUACACGCUUGGGUAUCUAUUGGCUGUUGUGUUUACAAGGGCACUUGCUGAUACAACCAAACAAACCUGGAGAUCAUGCUUCUGGUUUGCCUCCGGUAUUACCUUUUGUUUAAUUAUUUUUAGAGCACUUCUUCCAGAAACUGACGCCUUUUUGGAGAGAAAAAGAAUGAAGAGUGAAACUAACGAUGAGAGUACAUUCAAAGAUAUUUAUGUGGCUUUCAAAAAGCAUUGGUAUAUGGUUAUCUACAUGGUUUUGGUUAUGGUCGGUUUCAACUAUCUAUCCCAUAGUACACAAGAUCUAUUCCCUACGAUGUUGACAAACCAAUUAGGAUUUUCAAGUGACAGAUCUACCGUGACAAAUUGUCUAGCCAACAUCGGUGCGAUUUUUGGUGGUUUGACCAUUCCUCACUUGGCCACCAUCACUUCUCGCCGCUUCAUCAUUAUUGCAUCGACAUUAUGCGCAGCCUGUCUAAUAUAUCCCUGGGGUUUUGUGCACAACAACUCUAUCAAUGCAUCAGUGUUCUUUAUGCAAAUGUUCAUCCAAGGUGCAUGGGGUCUGGUACCUUCUUAUUUGCAUGCUCUGGCCCCUGACCACAAGACACAAGCUUUCUACGUUGGUAUUUCGUACCAGCUAGGUAACUUGGCCAGCAGUGCUGCAUCUACUAUUGAAACCUCGCUUGGUGAAAAAUACCCCAUUAUUAAUAAGGAAACAAAUAAGCAGGUCUACGAUUACGGCAAAGUCAUGAGUAUUCUUGUUGGUGCUGUGAUGGGCUACCUAAUCCUAGUCGUUUUUCUAGGACCUGAAGGUAGCGAAAUUGCUAAAGAAGAAAAUCCUUCUGGUGUUCAAUAUGACCAAGAUAAGGAAGAAGCGCCUCGGGAUAAGGAGUCUCAAUUGGAAGUUGAAUUUGUUCAAAAGCAAAGCACUUCCGAUAGUGACGAUUCACUCGUGUAA